CUCUGAGGGUUCUGAAUAUCUAUUACCUUCGCAGCCGAAUACAUUUGCAAAAGAUCCUAGAUAUCAUGACGAUUGCUGGAACCAUCUUCUUCAAUAUUGACUUGUUUGUAUUCACAACUUACAAGUUGAUAUACGCUUAAGCUGCUGCCUAAGCCUAAAAUAUGCGAAGCCUGAACAGGAUCUUGACGUAAGCCAGGACCUACAAACCACCACCGAACACCUAGUUGAACUACCAGAUUACGCUAGCAUCAUGCCUUCCACCCCCUCUCAGAACAAUAAGACUGGCACUCUUCCUCCUCCUCCUCCACCACCUCCGCCACCUCCACUGAGUGCUGGUGUGGCUCCCGCUCCUGCUCCAGCACCCCAACCUGAACCGCCGGCCGUGGCGGAACAAGGCCCACCUGGGGCCUUUCUCGUUGAACUACUGAUCUACAAUGGCUAUCCCUUCAAAGACCACUGGGCGUACUGGGUGCGUUCGCACACCGAUAAGGAUCUUGGUGUCAAGAUCCAUGCUACUGGCGACAGAAUCCCGUUGCAAUGGGUCAAUGGCCAGUACUUUGAUGAAAAAGCGAUGUUUAACAACGGAGAACACAAAAUCGACAAUGUGCCUGUAUGUCAGUUGGAGGCUAGUGCGCACAAGAUUAAGGCCCCUGGGAAGAGCCUGAAUACAACGAGUGGUACCGCCUCAUCAGCCGGAAACGUUGGCAAGAAAGUCACACAAAGGAACUGCCAGACAUGGAUCGUCGAGUCCGCUGAGCAACUCGUCAAGGAUAAUAUUUUCAGGAGAGAAACUGCUGAUUACCUUUGCGCAAUUGAGCAGUGAUCAUGUUCCGGAGAAUCUAUUAUUGGCACCAGCGAUAUAUAUAGGCCUUGUUGUUUCUGCUGUGUUGGCCAGUGAAACCAUUGGUACUGAGCAGCCUUGACCAACUAUCGGGGUACGCAUUUGCCAAUGCUCAUCAUGACCAUAUGAUCUUUCCCUGAUGAUCUGCGGAUCGCGCUGGACCAUUCCAAGGAGGUGGAGGGUACAAUUAGGUCUGGAUGUAUAAAGUUUGUUGUAUCACUGCUGCAUUGACCCUAAUACUGCUAUCAUCCCUACUACCUAGCUAGAGACGGUUGCCUAGUCAUUCUUUUGGCUGAGUGGUUUAAAUAUGACAGGCGUCAUAUGGGAACCCAGAUGUGGAAUGUUUCCUGUUAUCAUGUAACCAAACAGUCGAUUACAUUUACAUUUGCAAAAACUGUAGAUGGCAUUAUUAGGGUUGACACAAG